GGACAGCCAUUGAAGAUCGCACCUACCCCAUCUUCAACAUGUCUGCCCCUCCGUUUCUUAUGUACCCGCCGCACCCCGACGCUCCAGCUAUCCCAAUCCAUGGUCCUUCCACACACCCUGGUGGACCGCCCGAGGCCUAUGGCAAUCCACCGCCCCCCCCACCUCCUGAAGGCCUGAUGCCGCCUCCAAAGGAGGAGACCGCAUACUAUCAUCCAACCGCUGCCGAGCUUUACAGUCGCGCCCAGCAUGGUCCUCCACUUGCACCUGGCCCCGAUGGCAUGCCUCCUGGUGGCCCGGGUGUGAAUCACUACCCAUCUUCGAACGGCGUCCCUCGUCUCCCUCCCAUAUUACAAGUCGAGAAACAGCAGGUCACUACCUCCGCGACCCAGCUUGCGAGUGCAAGCCGGCGGCGGAACGAAGCUCACUUUGUUUGUCCUGUCCCUGGCUGCGGAAGCACCUUCACUCGACGCUUCAAUCUACGAGGACAUCUACGCUCUCAUACCGAAGAAAGACCGUAUAUAUGUGACUGGCCAAAUUGUAAAAAGGGCUUCGCUCGGCAGCACGAUUGCAAGCGUCAUCAGGCACUGCAUACCACCAAGUCUCAAAACAAUAUCUGUUUUGGAUGCAAGAAGACCUUCAGCCGCUUGGAUGCCCUGAAUAUUCUAGUUCGUUCGGACGGUGGAUCAGAAUGCCGGGCCCUCCGAGACCAUCAUAUGGCGCAGUUGAAUGAGGCUGCCGCAGCGGCUGCUGCAGCUGUGGCGGCUCAAGAUGGGCAGAUUCAGCAACUCCCCCCGCCACCUGUGUUGCAGGACGAGCCUCAACACACCGAGCCGGCUCAACCAUAGUCUGCUCCUACCAUCGUCAAUUGUACAGCCUCAUAAUUUCUUGUCUAUGUUUCUGUGUAUCGUAAACACAUGAUUCAGAAUGUACAUAUCACCGGUACUACUGUAUUCCGUCAAUUAACCUUUCCGGACGAUUUCCGGUCAAUCAUCAUCGUCCUUCGUACUCUCGCCAUGUCUCUCCCCAUUCUCUUGAAUGGUGCCGACUGCGGUCCCUCGAACCCUCUCCAGAGUCUUUCCAAACGGUUUGACCAAGACCGAGGCUUGCAACAGGACUACUUCGGUUCAUCUCAAACCGGCUCCUCCAGAGAUGCGUCCUUCCGAUCCCAGCAACCCGGAACUUCCGGUAGUUCACACGACGCCGCCCAAUUCUUCUCCUCGCCUGCACCCCAGCUCGUCAAGCCUUCGUUUGACUUUGGAGCCUUCCACGGGUCCCUUCCUCAAAUUGCGCCGGCCCCCGCUCUGCAGCAAGCCCAACGUCCGAGUGCCGGAGGAUGGGCUGCCGACUUCAUGCAGAACCCUGUACCGAGUGCUCGUAGUCCCAUUGUAAUGGGCACGGCUGGAGCGGAAGCACAAGCACAGGCACAGGCGCAGGCACAGGCACAGGCGGUACGGGAGGUCAGCAUGCAUUCUGUGUCCUAUGAUGCACAUCGCUGGGGGCCUUCGAUGCUCCCAAUGACUCAGCCAGCGCCGAUGAUGUUCGCCCAGUCUUCUCAACCUUCAACACAGCACGAUCAAGUCUCGUGGGAUCGGGAGUUUACCUCUCAGGAAUCUUUCCUCGCUUCUCAAGCUCUCACUGAAGUAUCGGAGGCUCAGGCUGCUCGUCGUGUGGCUCAAGACGAAGACGAGCUGUCUCGCACUGCGGGUUUACUGCUAGACACCGUGGGGGAUGUCAGCAACACUAAAUUCCAAAACAGUCAGUUCCUCGACCUGAUGCGGCGUUUGAGAAAUCGCGAGGUCGUCGUCGAGGGCAAUGACAUGGUCGAGAAUACGGGCCAGGUCUUGGCGGAUAGACUUGACGUCAAAGGCAAAGGCAAAGCCGUCAAUAUCACCACCACUACCACCGCAUCGCCGAGCCUUGUACAUGGAGGAAUGCUCGGAGGAGCGCAUGCUGGUAGUGAGCUCCACCAAGGGACGGCCGGCCCCGCCGACAUGGUACAAGAGAAUGCCGAAGAUGCAUACUGGAGACAAGAGAAUGCGGAAUACCAGCAAUAUUGGAAUACGCAAGCUCUCCAACCUGAGGCCUCCACGUCUCAUGCCGAGUGGGACAAGCUGCAAGCAGACUGGGACAAUUUCGAGGCGACCAGCUCUGGAAUUAAAGCCGUUGAUCAAUAUCUGUUCCAGCCCAACAAUCCGUUCCUGACUAGCUCUUCCCGACUUACCAGGCACCAUUUGUCUCAUGUGACCCGCGAAAGUUAUCUGGAGAGUGUUCUGGAACUGGAGGCCGAGGUCCAGCGCAACAUGAGAGAUGCCUCGGCUUGGUUCAAUCUCGGGGUCAAGCAACAAGCGAACGAGCGUGAGAAACAGGCGCUACAAGCACUGAGCCGUGCUGUUGAGCUGGACCCGAACCAUCUACCGGCGUGGCUCGCGCUGUCGAUCUCGCACACCAACAAUGGCGAUCGCAUGGCUACAUAUGAAUCGAUUCGCCACUGGGUUGAAGCCAACGAACGUUAUAAAUCCACCGUCACAGCUUUCCGGGCGAGCAAUCCUGCUGUCGCCGACGCCCCCUUGCCGGAACUGUUUUCGAGUCUGAUCCAAUGCUUGAUCGCCAUGGCCCGCAGCGACCAGUCGGGACAGAUCGAUGCCGAUAUCCAGAUCGCUCUGGCAGUUUUGUUGAAUACGAAUGAAGACUACGAAAAGGCUCAAGACUGCUUCAAAACGGCCUUGGCUGUCCGACCAGAUGACUGGCUGCUCUAUAAUCGUGUCGGGGCAACGAUGGCCAACAGCGGCCAAGCUGAAGAAGCAGUACAAUACUACCACCGAGCUUUGGAGCUCAAUCCGUUGUAUAUUCGCGCCAGGUUCAAUUUGGGCAUCUCGUGCAUCAACUUACGGCGCUUUGACGAGGCCGUUCAUCACAUUUUGGACGCAAUUGGACUGCAGGAAAGCGAUGGCUCAUCUCCCCUCCGUGUCGAGAGUGGGGUCACGACGACUGCCCUCUGGGACAGUCUUCGCACGGUCUGCAUGCACUUGCAGCGCGCUGAUCUUGCCAUCAUCUGCGACAAGCGCGACUUAGAUGCUUUCCGCAAAAGUUUCUCCCCGUGAAUCUACACGUGACCGUGUUCAAGGGCGGAUUCUGCGUCCAACAUGCUUUAUCCAAUAUAAUACAAUGGAUUUCACGACUCAAAGAGAGCUACUCGCUGCUACUCAAGCUGAGCUCUCUGUAUUGGAGGGACCGUCUAAGACCACCGUUCGAUGCUAAUUCACCAUGAGUCGAGAAAAACGCACCUGAUCGAGCCGCCUUGGUGUCGAGAUAGCGCACCUUCAACUGAUCCAGCAUAUCCACAUCCUCCUUAUUCAUCACGGGAUUCUGAGCCAUGCGUUUCAUUUUCGACAUGAGUUCCGCAUCCUUCGGUUGCUUCGGGAUGGCGUCGCGUACGUCCUGGACGUCGAGGUCGCUCAUAUGGAUGAGGGUGGGUUCCCUUCGAAUCAUCGUGUCGUCGAUCAAUUAGUCUGCGCUGAGUCGAUGGCAAAGGAAAUGCAAUGCGGGCAGAUGCAGUUUCAGGGUAGAGGCGCGCAGCAGAUCGCAGUCGAAGCGCAGCACUACUUAGAUGAGAGUCGAGGCACAGUCCACCAUUGUUGUCGUGGCUUUGUACACACACUUGAUACUCUCACCACCACUCUCUAGUCUCGCCCCUACGAAAACCGGCACAUAACGAUCAUGGAACAACUCCUCCGCGUGUCGGAUGCGGUUCGCGGUUUCAGAGAAGCGCGACUGUCUGCUCUGCGCUCGCCCACCGAAUUUUUCGAUGUCCAGCGUGUCUCGCGUCCCGCCGAUCUAAAUACCGCUACUUCUCGUAUCUCCUACAACACACGUUACUUCUCCGGCAACUACGGUCUCAUCAUUGUGGCUCUCGCCGUUUACGCCUUACUAUCCAACUUGUGGCUCUUCGGCGCACUGGUGUUUCUUGUCGGAGGCUUCUCCCUGAUCAACAAAUUCGCUCCUGAGCCGACACAAGUGGGCGAUUAUGUGGUGACCCAAAAAUCGCUGUACAUCACCCUGUUCUGCAUCGGCAUCCCGCUCCUAAUCUUUUCUGGACCGAUUGGAACUCUCUUCUGGCUUGUCGGCGCAUCUGGCCUCAUCAUCAUUGGUCACGCGUGUAUGUUGGAACCAGGCGUGGAGAGCGAGUACGCCACGGUUGAAGGACAAGUUUGAGCACCGGCCGACCCUAGUAGAUGUGGAAUAUGUAUAAUGUAGAUACGGUACUUCUCCCUAGUCUCGGAAGGACAUUUUAAUGCCGGGUGGCCCCCAC